AUGUUUGGCCCCCAAAAGUUGGCCCUCCUCCCCCUUCCCCCUCGCUUCCUCCUCCCUCGGGCCAUCCAGCCCUCCUCCCCCUUCCCCCUCGCUUCCUCCUCCCUCGGGCCAUCCAGCCCUCCUCCCCCUCCCCCCUCGCUUCCUCCUCCCUCGGGCCAUCCAGCCCUCCUCCCCCUUCCCCCUCGCUUCCUCCUCCUUCGGGCCAUCCAGCCCUCCUCCCCCUUCCCCCUCGCUUCCUCCUCACUCGGGCCAUCCGGCCCUCCUCCCCCUCCCCCCUCACUUCCUCCUCCCUCGGGCCAUCCAGCCCUCUCCCCCCCUUCCCCCUCGCUUCCUCCUCCCUCGAGCCACCCAUCCCUCCUCCCCCUUCCCCCUAGCUUCCUCCUCCCUCGGGCCAUCCAGCCCUCCUCCCCCUUCCCCCUCGCUUCCUCCUCCCUCGGGCCAUCCAGCCCUCCUCCCCCUUCCCCCUCGCUUCCUCCUCCCUCGGGCCAUCCAGCCCUCCUCCCCCUUCCCCCUCGCUUCCUCCUCCCUCGGGCCAUCCAGCCCUCCUCCCCCUUCCCCCUCGCUUCCUCCUCCUUCGGGCCAUCCAGCCCUCCUCCCCCUUCCCCCUCGCUUCCUCCUCCCUCGGGCCAUCCGGCCCUCCUCCCCCUUCCCCCUAGCUUCCUCCUCCCUCGGGCCAUCCAGCCCUCCUCCCCCUUCCCCCUCGCUUCCUCCUCCCUCGGGCCAUCCAGCCCUCCUCCCCCUUCCCCCUCGCUUCCUCCUCCCUCGGGCCAUCCAGCCCUCCUCCCCCUCCCCCCUCGCUUCCUCCUCCCUCGGGCCAUCCAGCCCUCCUCCCCCUUCCCCCUCGCUUCCUCCUCCCUCGGGCCAUCCAGCCCUCCUCCCCCUUCCCCCUCGCUUCCUCCUCACUCGGGCCAUCCAGCCCUCCUCCCCCUCCCCCCUCGCUUCCUCCUCCCUCGGGCAAUCCAGCCCUCCCCCCCCCUUCCCCCUCGCUUCCUCCUCCCUCGAGCCACCCAUCCCUCCUCCCCCUUCCCCCUCGCUUCCUCCUCCCUCGGGCCAUCCAGCCCUCCUCCCCCUUCCCCCUCGCUUCCCCCCCGCAGCCCUCCCGCUGCCGUCGCCGUCCCCCUUAGCCGCCGCAGCCCUCCCGCUGCCGCUGCCGUCUCCCUUCGCAGCCGCGGCUCUCCCACUUCCACCGCUGCCGCCGCCGCAGCCCUCCCGCUGCCGCCGCCGUUCCCCUUCCGCCGCCGCAGCCCUCCCGCUGCCGCCGCCGUCCCCCUUCGCAGCCGCAGCCCUCCCGCUGCCGUCGCCGUCCCCCUUAGCCGCCGCAGCCCUCUCGCUGCCGCUGCCGUCUCCCUUCGCAGCCGCGGCUCUCCCGCUGCCGCCGCCAUCCCCCUUCCGCCGCCGCAGCUCUCCCGCUGCCGCCGUUCCCCUUCCGCCGCCGCAGCCCUCCCGCUGCCGUCGCCGUCCCCCUUAGCCGCCGCAGCCCUCUCGCUGCCGCUGCCGUCUCCCUUCGCAGCCGCGGCUCUCCCGCUGCCGCCGCCAUCCCCCUUCCGCCGCCGCAGCUCUCCCGCUGCCGCCGCCGUCUCCCUUCGCCGCCGCAGCCCUCCCGUUGCCGCUGCCGUCCCCCUUCCGCCGCCGCAGCUCUCCCGCUGCCGCCGCCGUUCCCCUUCCGCCGCCGCAGCUCUCCCGCUGCCGCCGCCGUUCCCCUUCCGCCGCCGCAGCCCUCCCGCUGCCGCCGCCGUCCCCCUUCGCAGCCGCAGCCCUUCCGCUGCCGUCGCCGUCCCCCUUAGCCGCCGCAGCCCUCUCGCUGCCGCUGCCGUCUCCCUUCGCAGCCGCGGCUCUCCCGCUGCCGCCGCCAUCCCCUUCCGCCGCCGCAGCUCUCCUGCUGCCGCCGUUCCAAAAUCUGGAUAUCCGCACGGAUAUCCGUCUUUCCAGCGGAUACCCAUAAUCCGAAUAUCCGUUCGGAAAUCUGUCUCUCCUGCGAAUAUCCAAAAUCCGGAUAUCCGUUCGGAUAUCCAAUAUCUUGAUAUCCUCCACUAG